AUGGGUUGUACUCCAGGUGCCAUUUCGCCUUACCAGCACCUCAACUACACGCAUGAAGAGAUAUUGGAUAAAGCGUCUUAUCACACGACAGUUACGCUUUAUGUUUCUAAAGCUACUGACAUUAAGAAAGCCUUGCCAAGAGAUCACUAUUACCGCAAACUGGACACACUUAAGAAAGCGGAGAAGAAGUACGACAGAGUCGAUCUGGGAAACAAAUGCAAGUAUACCCUCAGGGCACCAGAAAAACUAGCCGCUAGAAGCACAAGAGACGAAAUUAGUAGAUCACCUUAUGCUACUUAG